AUGGUGUGUCGCGGAACGUCGGGCUGUGCGGCCGGGGGCGCAGCUGGUGGGGCUGGUGGCGGUGCUGGUGACAGCCUUGGCUGCUAUGAGCCUUGCCUGCAAGUUGGUGAAUCCACCAUCCAGGACGCUGACCACUGGGUCUACAAGGGCAAAGGGAACGGCUCCUACGAGCAAAACAUGACGUUCAUGGGUGCCGGGCGUGGAGCAUAUGAGCGAGGGGUGAUGAAGAGUUCUGCAUGCCGCCCCGCAUGCUUGGUGGCUGGCUGCUGCCUCCCUGUUUCGCUUGGGCUCUUGGCAUUCUUCCUGAUGUUCCUCUUCUACCGCCCUGAGGUUGGUCAAUCUGAGGUUGGACCCGACUGCGUGACUGACUACCACAACCGGCAGCACCUUUGGACCAUGGAGCAUCGCUCCCUUUGCUGCAGGCAGGUGGGGCGUGGCUGUUCACCGCAGGACCAAGUUGUGCACUUUCCUUUGCCGCAGCCUUCCCACAUCUACUACGUGCCUGAGCCUGUGCGUAGCCCCUCCCAUUCACACGUGGUCUACCAUAAUCGCCCCCCAAACCACUUCACCUACUAA